AUGGCUGGACCCAACGUUAGCUUCGCCGCCCCGACGCCGGCCGUCAAUGGCGAUACCAAUGGACAUAUCCAAGUCGCUUCUGACAGAAUCAUUGUCGGAGUCGACUUUGGCACUACAUACUCUGGCACCAUCCACACAGAAGACAAGAAAGAGCAAGAACUGACAUCAACGAAGANNUGGCCAGGAGGCAACGGCAUAACCUCUGACAAAGUCCCCACCGAAAUCGCCUACGAGACCGCCUCCCUCCCUUCCGUCCCAAACACCACAAUCACCCCCGAACAAGGCGGCGGCGCCAAAUCCACCGUUCAGCGCAUAAAAUGGGGCUUCCAGUUCAAACCUGAAGAACCGCGGUUACGCUGCAUAAAGCUGUUCCUGGACAGAAACCAAAAGUUGCCGCAUUUUGUGAGUCCAUUGGAUACGGCUGCGCAUUUGAGGCAAUGUGAUCGCACGGUUAUGGAUGCCGUGAGCGAUUACCUGGGCCAGAUAUAUACGCAUACCAUGGAGACGCUGAACAGAAGAUAUGGAGAGAGCUUCAUGGCAAUUACAAAUGUGGAGUUUGUGCUUACCGUGCCCGCUGUGUGGAGCGAUUCUGCANAGAAUGCAACGCUGCAGGCAGCGGAAAAGGCAGGCAUGGGCAAGAAACACGAAUUGAGGUUGAUCAGUGAGCCUGAAGCUGCCAUGCUGCAUGCCCUCAAGACGGUGCAACCGCAUAACCUCAAGGUCGGGGACAACUUUGUCAUCUGCGAUGCAGGAGGUGGCACUGUAGAUCUCAUCGCCUACAAAAUCACUCAGCUCUCUCCCCUCAGAGUCGAAGAGAGCGCCGUAGGCACAGGCGGCCUCUGCGGCUCGGCAUUCCUCAACUAUCGCUUCGAAGAACACGUCAAGCAACGACUAGGCGAAGAAACUUACAGCCACAUGCGCAACAAGAAGCCAAAAACCUGGAUGAUGGGCCUCAAGUACUUUGAAGAAUUUGUCAAGCGCAACUACAACGAAGACGAGACCACAGAGGUCAAUGUACCUUUCCCCGGCCUCCCCGACAAUGAAGACGCAGGCAUAGAUUCAGGAUUCAUGGUCAUGAGUUCGCUACAAGUCAAGGAGAUAUUUGAUCCGGUUAUUGAUGAAGUUUUGAAAUUGUUGGAUGGGCAGGUAAAAACUAUCCGUGGAAAAGGCGAUGUCGUGUCUGGAAUUAUAUUGGUCGGCGGCUUUGGACAAAGCAAUCACCUCUACAACCGGUUAAAGGUGCAUUUCAACACUGCUUCACCACCUGCAUAUUCGGAAAAAGACGAAGUACAGCAACCGCAGGACUAUUCUCUCGUCGAAGUCAUUCAACCGCUAUAUGCCUGGACUGCAGUGGUCAGGGGUGCGGUAAUCAGAGGACUCGAUGACAGCAUGGUGUCUUCUCGUCGCAGCAGACUGCACUACGGCACCUCGUACGCUACAGUGUUUGAUGAGACACAACACGAGAUAGCAGAUCGCUACUGGUCACCAUUGUGGGAGCGCUGGAUGGUAUCCGACCGCAUGCAAUGGCACAUUUCCAAGGUCAGCAAACACACCACUCACUCUAAGGAAAACAAGGAAAACAAGGAAAAUACACAAAAGCUAACCACUCCAACAGNNAACACCGCCAUAUCCCCCCGAAACANNCCCAUCUCCUUCCACUACACCCGCAACUUCCUACCUUCGCAAUCUCUCAUCGUAACCGACGAACUAAUAGCCUGUGGCGCCGACUCGGCACNNCCCUCGCGCACAAAAACUCUAUCUACCGUAUGCACAUUACGCACCGACCUCGGAGCCGUUCCUCAAGAACUAUUCACCAGACUCAAAACCAGCAAAGGGGCAGAGUUUUUGAACUUGGACUUUGAGUUGGUCAUGAGGAUACAGUCAGCGGAUUUGGUGUUUGAGUUGAGGGUCGGCGGGGUGGGGUAUGGUGUUGUGCAGGCAGAGUUUCAUUAA